UCAUUUCCAACAUGGCUGCGCCUAUGCGUAAACAUGGAACAGCAAUACAGAGGCUAUAUGUCGCAUUGACUCAGGCCUGGACUUUGGAGAGUAGGGCCACCACAGGGGUCUUUCACAGCCAGACCAGAAAUGCUAGCUCCAAAACUUCCAAGGCCAAGAAGUCGAAGAAAACUAGAGUAUUCGCGCCUCCUGUAAUGCAGUAUAUGAAAAGUCCACUGCUGAGCACACAUAUUGGGGAGGAGCCAAAGGAUAAUGUAUGGUUCACGUCGGAUUACCCAGAACCAUAUUUCACUUUUGAGGAAGCUAUAAAAAGACAUAAACUGAUGGCACAGCCCAAUCUUUAUGACUACAUGGAUAGCUAUGUGUUCGCCAACAUGGUCCUCAGCAGCUGGACAAAUCGUGAGGGAAAUUAUACAUCAUUAUCUAGGUCAGUGGUGGUUCCUCAUCCCUUUGAACAGCCUAAGAAAGCAAGAUGUGCUGUAUUCACAAAGCAUAAGGAUAAUGUAAGGAAGGCGAUCGAAGCUGGAGCUCUGCACGCUGGGGGGACAGAACUUCUGGCCCAGAUCCAGACCGAUCAGAUAUCGGUUUACGAGUUGGAUCACAUUCUAUCCACAACAGACAUGUUCAAACAGCUAAAACCCAUGCGUCCUUUAUUUGGAGAAAUGUUCCCAACUGAAAAAAAUGGUAAUUUGAGUGAAGACAUUCCUAAAAUGAUGGAGAAGUUCCUCAAUGGAGUACUGUUGAAAAUAGAGCAAACUAAAACAAGAGGAGUGGCAAACAUCAAAUUUCCCAUUGGGCCACUAAGUAUGACACUGGAACAGUUGUCUGAUAAUUUGGAAACAUUAAAGAAGGAAGUGCACAAGGCUCGCCCAUUGAAGGUUACAGGUAUAUAUGUACUACAGUUGGAAAUUGAAGUACCACCAUCACCAACAGUGUUCAAACUGGAUCCUGAAAAAUAUGACAGCAAAGAACUGCUAAAGAAGAAGCAUUAAGACUUUGAAACGUUCGUUAGUUGUGCUCUGUAUUUGGUGUUUUGUAACAAAACAAACACUUACUUAUCAAGGCUCAUGUAAAGUUUUGUUUGUUGACCAGUCUACAGGUUUUGAAAUUCUGAAAGUUUUUUGACUAAACUUAAUGCAUAUUUUGAUGUACUAGGAACUUAAAAUGUUGAAAAAAAUCAUCUUGUAAAUUAAAAAUUUGUUAAAAUUAGCACUUAAUGAUGUCAUACUUGAAAUAUCCUCAGCGUUACACAUGUACACCAGGUAUGAUGCUUUAUAUAUCCACUGUGUGACCGUCAAUAAAUUGUUUUAUAUAGUAAAACCUUGA